CAGGUAAUAUCAAAGCGAUGGGAAAUUGUUGCAAUGGUGGAGGAUAAGUUAUGGAAAGAAAUGUGUAGAUAGAUGUAGCUUAAAUUAUCUCCGAGAAGUCCGCUAAUUAGGAUAUACUUAAUAAAAAGGCUAUAAUAAUACAAGGUAUUUUUGAUAUGCAAGUAAAGCUCAUUGUAGAGGUCAUUUAGUUAGAAAGAAAGUGAAAAAAAUAUAGGAACAGGACAAAAAUGGGAAUAAAAAGUCGUAAAAUAGUUCAAGUAAGGGAAAGAACAUUAACAAUAAUCAAACUCUAUAAAAUAAUAGAAGCGCUCACGAAUCUAAAGAAGAAAACUAUAAAAAUUAGUCUGAUUAAAAUAGAAUUCAUGCUCCAAGCGAAAAAUAUAGGAAAUUAGACACAAUGCCAGAUUAUUUAACUUCUAAAACUAAAUAAGUAUUUAAAGUAUUUAGGUUAGGUUUUAAGUUCGAUCGAGGCCUUUGUGUAUGAUUAGGAUAAGGAUGAAUUUAAAGAAUUACCAUUUUUAGAACCUUAUGAAUUAGACGGUGGUAGUGUUUAUAAAGGAUAAUGGAAGAAUGGGUAUGCUUUGAAAUUGAAAGUAAUUUUAGACUUCGUCAUGGUAGAGGAAUGCAAAUUUGGCAAGAUGGCUCAAUAUAUGAAGGGUAUUGGUACCAGAACGUUGCUUGUGGAAAGGGCAGAUUGGUUCAUGCUGAUGGAGACAAAUAUGAGGGAGAAUGGAGAAACGAUAAAGCACAUGGAUUUGUAAAUGUACCAAUCAAUAUUAUAGGGUAAAUAUGUGCAUAUGGAUGGAGCUUAAUAUGUGGGAUAUUGGGAAGAAGAUAAGUAAAAUGGACAUGGGAAAGAAAUAUGGCCAGAUGGUGCUAGUUAUGAAGGAUAAUAUAAGAAUGGAAAGAAGCAUGGCAAGGGAACGUUCAAAUGGGCUGAUGGAUCUGUCUAUGUUGGCGAAUUCGAUUAAAACAAUAUUCAUGGCAGAGGAGAGUAUUAAUGGGAGGACAACCGAAAGUAUGUAGGAGAAUGGAAGAAUAAUAAAAUGGAUGGAAAAGGAGUAAACAAUUAAAUUAUGAUAAGGUGUUCACUUGGUUGGACGGUAGAAAAUAUGAAGGGGAAUAUAAAGACGACAAAAAGCAUGGUUAUGGAGAGUUUCAAUGGCCUGAUGGAAGGGUAAAAUUGCAUUCAUUAUAUCAUUAGAUGUAUAAAGGAUAAUGGGCGAAUGGGAAAUAACAUGGCAUUGGAAUCUACAUUGGCUCUUCGAAAGUAGAAAAGGAAGGGGAAUGGUAAGAUGGGAAAAGAAUACGCUGGAUCAAGAAAGGGGGAUUGCCAACUAAAGAGGAAGGAAAUUGAAAUUCAC